UUAUCUGUUGUCUGUUACAUAGUUAUGGACACCGAAAACAUUAUUUACAUUUAAUUUGGAAGAUACUUUUAUGUAGAUUUAACGGGCGGCUGGUUAUGGUUCAAAUGAACUACACAACUAAUUCCACCUUUAUGUGCAGAGAAAUCUCGAUCAGGACGUCCAUGUACAGAGAUGGUGACACAACCAACAGAGAAGCCAAAGUUUUGCACAGAAGUAAAGUUAUUGAAAGACAACAACGAUGAGAGAGGCAUAUGGAAGUUUAGUAUUGUAUACUUUGAGAAAAUAAUCAUGAGUGAAAUCAUACAGGUUUUGAAACUGUGUUGUUGCUUUAAAUCGAAAAUCAGUUUGUAGAGUUCCAAAUAAAUACUCACAUCCGAGGCACCAUUUGCACGGAGAAGUUAGAGUGGACAGAGAUCUGCACUAGCACAUAGAGAAACCACACAAUGUACACUGCACCAGCUUAAACGUUCAUGAUUGCUUUAAAUGAGAUCUCUUGUUGCUUGAAGAUGAGAAUGGAUCUUCCUACUAGUGAGAUGGCAUUUAAGUGUGAUACAUGUGGCGCUGCUUUCUCUGAUAAUACUGAUUUAGAGAGUCACACAAGAGAACACACAAGUGAAAGGCUAUUUAAGUGUGAAACAUGUAGCGCAGCUUUCACUGACAAUAGUGAUUUAGAGAGUCACACAAGAGAACACGCAAGUGAAAGGUCAUUUAAGUGUGAAACAUGUGGCGCAGCUUUCACUGAAAAUAGUGAUUUAGAGUGUCACACAAGAGAACACACUAGUGAAAGGCCAUUUAAGUGUGAACAAUGUGGGACUGCCUUUACUUUAAGAUCACGUUUAAAGAGACACGAAAUGAUACAUACAGGUGAGAAGCCAUUCAAGUGCGAGACUUGUGGUGCUGCUUUUUCUCAAAACCGUGGAUUACAAAGUCACAUUAGAAUACACGUAGGAGAAAAGCCACACACUUGUGCAAUUUGUGGUGCUGCUUUCUAUAGAAAAACUCAUUUGCAAGGUCACAUAAGAACUCACACAGGAGAAAAACCACACAAAUGUGAGAUUUGUGGUGUUGCGUUCUCACGGAACGAUCAAAUGCGGAGUCAUAUGAAAAGGCACACAGAAGUGAAGUCAUUCAAGUGUGAUGUUUGUGGUGACGCUUUCUCUACGAGUGGUGAUGUUAAGUUUCACAAGAAAAUACACAGAGAAGAGAAGCCAUUCAAGUGCGAUGUAUGUGAUGGCGCUUUUUCUCGAAAGUUCCAUUUGAAGGAUCACAUGAUAAUACACACUGGAGAGAAGCCAUACAAAUGCGAUUUUUGUGAUGCCGCUUUUUCUAGAAAGAAUACACUAAAGAAUCACUUGAAAAUGCACACAGGAGAGAAGCCACACAAGUGCGACAUAUGUGAUGCCGCUUUCUCUCGAAAAUUCAUUUUAGAUAAUCACAUGAAAAAGCACACAGGAGAGAAGCCAUUCAAGUGCGACGAGUGUGAUGCCGCUUUCUCUCAAAAAUUCAAUUUAAAGACGCACAUGAAAAUACACACUGGAGAGAAGCCAUACAAAUGUGAAUUAUGUUCCGUUGAUUUUAGUCUUAAAUGUAAUUUAGAAACUCACAUGCGAAAACACUCUGGAGAAAAGCGAUAUAAGUGUGGGAUAUGUGAUGUUUCGUUCACUUACAGUUAUCAGUUAAAUAACCACAAAGAAAAAUAUUCACAUAUAGAAUCCAUACAAGUGUGAGACAUGCGGUGAUUCUUUACUAGGAGUGAAACAAUACAAGUGUGGGACAUGUGGUGUUUUUUUAGUUUACUAGGAGUGAAACCAUAGAAGUGUGAGACAUGCGAUGAUUCUUUACUAAGAGAAACCAUACAAGUGUAAGACAUGUGGUGUUUCUUUACUAGGAGAAACCAUAUAUGUACAAGUGUGAGACAUGUGUUGUUUCUUUACAAGGACUGAAGGUGAAGUGUUAGGAAUGAAGUGUUUCUUUACUAGGAGAGAAAACAUACCAGAGUGAGACAUGUGGUGUUUCUUUUCUUUACUAGGAAAAACCAUACAAGUGUGAGACAUGCCGUGAUUCUUUACUAAGAGAAACAAAACAAGUGUGAGACAUGCGGUGAUUCUUAACUAGAAGAAACCAUACAAGUGUGAGACAUGCCGUGAUUCUUUACUAGGAGAAACCAUACAAGUGUGAGACAUGUGAUGUUUCUUAUCUAGAAUAAGUCGUGUAAGUGUGAUACAUGUCGUGAUUCUUUACUAGGAGAUACAAGUGUGAGCGAUGUGGUGAUUCAUACCUAACGAUACAGUUGAUGGGACAAAAACGAUAAAGCAAAAGGAAAUAUUAUAAAUGUAAAUUUCCAUUUCCAUUCAAAUUUGUAUAUGUAGUGAGACAGUUUAUGAUCAUUAUCAUUAUUAAGAAAACAGGAAAGCUAGAGUGUAUUUAGCUAGUAACAUAUGUUAGAUUGUCUGUUUAUGUUCAAACAUUUCUAUAGGAACUUAGUGAAAAAACGAUUGUUAGGGUCUCUAUAUAUGUUUAAACUGUUUAUGUUUGGUUACCAUCACAGGCCGUCAAGCAAUUCCUAUAUUUUCCUAUAUUUUUGAGAAAUUUCCUGUAUUUUUUAAGACCUCCUAUAUUUCCUAUAAUUUUCCUAUAUUUUGGAUUUUUUUCCUAUAUUUUUCUUAAAAAGUGACGCUGUUGUAUGUUUGAAAACAUUCAAAAGAUUGAUACUGCCUUUAGAUAUUGUUUAUUUGCAGUUUAAGACUGUCAUUUUUUUACAAACCAUCACCAUCAUUUAGAAUUGCUGUUGUACACCCAUGGUUAUCCAUUUGAACACCUUUGAUGAAGAGUAUACCAAAUAUCAAAGCUUAAAGGUGUCCACUUUGAUGACUGCAGUUGUGUUGCUGCAGCAUAGUCUGCCUUGAUGGAGAGGUUUGAGGAAUGUUGGUUAAGUGAAACUCAAAAUUUAUGAUUAUAGUCAAUGAAGAAGUAAGUAAAUGUUAACUUACUUAUAUAUCUCUGAAGGUAGCACAGCCCUAAUGAAAACCUCUACUUAAAACUCCUCAAUUUAGCUUUAGCCUAUGGUGUUAAGCACAGGACACGAAUCCAGCCAGAAGCACUUUUUUUUUCUUCUUUGUUUUCUUUAGCUAACAUUUUUUACAGAAGUUAAUAUUGUAUUUUCAUUAAAAAGUAAUUAAUACAUUUCUACACAUAAAUAUUAGCUUUUGUGAAGAUUUUAUAACUUACAGGCACGGCUGAAAUACUAUUAGGUGGUUGGGAAUUACAAACUUUAUUUUUUUUAAAUGAGACGGUAAAACAGUUUGAUUUUUGGCAUAAUGUUUUCAAAAGAUUAAAGAUAAUUAUUAAUAAAGAACAGGUCAUGAGUAUUUCUAGAACUUGUUGAUUUUGCUUUUAAACAUUGAUGUUCCAAUUUUAUGUGUUCAAAACAGUAUGUUAAAAUUGAAAUACAUUUUGGCUAUUUCAGUACAGUAUGAUUAUAUUUGUCGGUGAUGUGAUCAAUAAUGUAUAAUUUCUGAAAGCAAAUAUAUUUCUUGUUACUCUGAUACCAAAUUAUUACCAAAAUGUUGAAAAAUAAAUUAAAUAAAGGAUUUUUCUUGUCUCUCGGGUGAUGUCGUUUUUAUCGACAAUUCUGAAAUGGGGGUAAGGUAAUUCAAAUUUAAAUAAAAUUGUUAUUUGACGGUAAAUUUCUUUUAAAUUUUGUUUUUGAAUUCAGGAAAUGAUACACAUAAAGAACUUAUCAAGCUGAUCAUAGUUUGAAAUGGUGCCCAUUAGGAGUGUGCUACCUUAUUGUUAAUUUUUCAGCCUUAAAAUUCCUAUAUUUUGCCCAGAAAAAGUUGCUAUAUUUUUUCCUAUUUUUUCACCAAAACUUGGUUGACGGACUGCCAUCAGUUAAGAUUUAAUUUUUAUUAAGUGUUUGACGAAAGUAGCAAAUUUUCGAAAAAAGUUCAAAACUCAAUGAUUGUCUACAUCAACUCUUUAUACUUAAUCACGUUCGUGUGUUUAUAGUGUUACAUGUAGGGAUAAAUUUGUAAAUUCUUUGAACGACAGGAUAUAAUGAAACUCAUCGCCGGUAUCUCUUUUACAGUUAUUUUACUGUAAAUACUUGGGCGCGUGUGCGUUUUGUUUGUGGUCACUAAACCGGUCAAGAGGGCUUUGUAAGCUUUAUCUCCCCCCCCCCCCCCCCGACAACGCAAUAUCAAACUCUCGCGUAACAUCGUGCCAACGAGAGUGACUAAACAUAAGUUAAUGUUACUUUUUCACAAUCGUUGUAAAAUAAAUAUUAGUAUAAACAACAAUAAAUAUAAUUUUCUACGUUUGAUUGAAAAGAAUUUCCCCUUGUAUCGUUCCGAAACGAUACGCCUGGGGGCGCUAUGAUUUCGCGCUCUAUCGAGCACGUGUUUACUGUGCAAUAUUGAUUGAUUCAUUCAGCGCAUGGUCAUCAAGCUGUGUACAAGCAUGUCCGACGUUUUUUAUUUCAAAAAACUUAACGGGUUCAUUCAUAUCAAACAUCGGAACUCAUCAUUAUAUUCUUGAAAUCAGUAUACAUUAUGAUAUACAAAAUUUUGUCUUUAUGUUUUACAAAAGUUGGGUUGUUACAUAGAUAUAUCAAUGCUUUUUGAAUAAUUUCAUUGAAAAUGUGUUGUUUAUUAUGAUCGUAUAUGUUGAAAUAUGUGAAAAUGUUUGUGUAUGUACAGUUGAUUGGCCAUGACGCUUACAACAAAUUAAACAUUUGUAUACUAUACAUGUUGUUUUUCGUCUUAGUACAAGAUCGAAUUAAUAAGAUAGAGUGAGUAAGGAUUGAUUCUAGGGGACUUCAUUUCCUUUGGCUUAUGUAAAUAUUUAUUUAUCUUCCUGUUGCAACUGGAAACAUGAUUUGAUAUUCUGAUUUUGUCAUUGGUAUCUUUAAAGAGGAUAUUUGUGAUCUAAUAUAAGGUAAGGUCCUUCUGAAAUUGGUCUUUGAACAGUUUGUAAUUUAAUCCUUCCUUUAGAUGAACCAUUCAUAGAUCUCUGUCAAGAUUGUAUUAAAGUUUUUUGUUGAUAUUGGUAUUGUUUUUACCUUUUUUGGAGAGAGGUCAUACAAGUGUGAGCUGGUUGAUCAAUUUUGGUUUUACUCAUGAUUAAUAAAAGCAAAGCGACUAAAGUUUUGUUUGCAGAACCAAACUCCACUCAGAGGUACUUCCGUUUGC